CCCUUAUUUUUCAUCCCUUUCCAACAUACGUUUCCUCCCUAUCCAAAACCGAAAAACAAAAAACCCCACAAUUUACAAUCCUAAAUAUCUCUAUUAAAUUUUUGUUUGCUUGAUAAUUAAAAAAUGGCGAGCAGCAGAAGAAAUAGAUCGGAAAAAGUAAGAAAAAUAUUCAAACAAUUUGAUUUAAACAAAGACGGUGGUUUAAACAGAGAUGAAAUGUCAGCCUUAGUUAUCGCGGUAAACCCCAGGGUUAAAUUCAGUCCUGAACAAAUCUCCGCUAUUCUCGAUGAAGUUUUCCGUACAUAUCAUGAUUUUAUCGAUAUCAAUACGGGUCUAACGUACGACGGUUUGUUACGUACGUAUGAUGACGGUGCUGGUGACGUGGACCGUGAUUUCAACGCCCUCGGCCUUGAUGCAAAACAAAUUGAUGACGUUGUUGAUGACGAUGAUGAAAAUAAUGACGAUGAAGAUCAUCAUGUUCGCGGUGAUGUAACGGAAGAACAAGCUUCCACGUCAUCAUCUGUAAUAAUGGAACGUGUUUCGUCGUCCGGGAACGCUACGCAUCCUCGGGCGACAGCAACCAACCAUUAUGGGAUUGUGUUUGAUGACACGUGGAAGCUAGUUGAUGAUUUGGAGAUUUUGAUCAAACGGUUGAAAGUAAAACAAGGGAAUAAUGGGGAAAAUGUGGAGGUUUAUUCGGACCCCGGGUGGUCUAGGGAGCUGGGCCCGGGGUCCGAAAGUGCAGGGGAAAAUGGUAAAAAAGUUGUUUGGGAAGAAAGUGGGAACGAUUACGCGGUUUUUGUAAAAGAGUUGGUUGCUUUGAGGUCUAGGGCGGAUGGGGCGAGGUCUAGGGAAGAGGCGUUUGAUGGACAUAUGGCCAUGGGUCGCCUUUUGUAUGAUCAAAUGUUGUUUAAGGAGGCGUUGUUGUGUUUCAAGAGGUGUUGUGAAUUGAUGCCGGCUGACGUCAGGCCGCAUUUUCGAGUCGGGAAUUGUUAUCAUAUGAUUGGGAGAUAUGGUGACUCGAAAAGUGAGUUUGUUUUGGCUUUAGAAGCCGCGGAAGCCGGAGGGACUCAAUGGGGUUAUUUGUUGCCACAAAUUCAUGUGAAUCUUGGAAUUUCGCUUGAAAGUGAAGGUAUGGUUUUAAGUGCUUGUGAGCAUUAUAGAGAGGCUGCGAUUUUAUGUCCUACACAUUAUCGCGCUUUGAAGCUAUUAGGGAGUGCUUUACUUGGUGUAGGAGAGUAUAAGGCGGCUGUUAAAGCGUUAGAAGAAGCGAUUUAUAUGAAGAAUGAUUACGCUGACGCGCAUUGUGAUUUAGCUUCUGCCUUGCACGCAAUUGGUGACGAUGAGAAUGCUAUUAAGGAGUUCCAAAAGGCGAUUGAUUUGAAACCGGGUCAUAUUGAUGCUUUGUAUAAUCUUGGUGGGUUGUAUAUGGAUAUGGGAAGGUAUCAACGGGCUUCGGAAGUGUAUACUAGGGUUUUGGGAGUUUGGCCUAAUCAUUGGAGGGCUCAGCUUAAUAAGGCGGUAUCGUUGUUAGGUGCUGGUGAAACUGAUGAAGCUAGAAAGGCGUUGAAAGAGGCGUUAAAAAUGACUAAUAGGAUUGAGUUGUAUGAUGCGAUUUCUCAUUUGAAACAGCUUCACAAGAAGAAACUGAAAGGGAAAGGAAAUGGAAGUGGAAAUGGGGAUGAGGUAUCUGUUGUAGUAGAACCGUCGAGGUUUAAGACUGCAGGGGAAAAAACAAUAUUAAGGCAAGAACUCGCUACUGCACUUAACAUUCGGGCUUUUCAAAAAACAACAAGGUUGACCCGUUGUGAUGUUGAUGCCCUUAAAAAGGAAAUGAACGAAAAGGAGACUCCAUUGGUGUAUUCAGGCAAUGGUUUGCCUGAAAAAUCUAUACGUAAGGCGUCUUUAGAGAUUGUCCUUAGAAGGCUACUUAGUUUCUUGAAGCCCGAAACUUUUAUAGGAGCUGUGAAGGCAAUCAACCUCAAAAUCCUCACGGUUCUAGAUGAAUCAGAAUCAGGCCGGGUUGAUUUGGGUAUGUUUUUUGCAAUUCUAGCUCCUAUAUGUGGAGGUACACCAGAGAAACGAAAAAGGGUAGCAUUUGAUUCACUUCUUUGGCGACCUGUAAACCAACAGGAAGCUAACGGGCUAAUUAAAAAGAUUGAUGUUUUACGUUAUAUAAAGUUAUUGCGUUCAAUCCACAUUCCUACUCAAGGCACGAGCGAAUUGCUAGAGAUUCAUGGAGAAAUGGAUAGUUCAUUGAUAUCAUUUACAGAGUUUGUUACUAUGUUUGAUGACCCUGAUUGGGGUUUUGGUAUAAUGUCGUCGCUGUUAAAGCUUGAAACUUCAGACAGGAAUCGGCAUGGUAAACAAUCAUGUAGUGUUUGUCGAUAUCCAAUAAUAGGAUCAAGAUUUAAGGAGAUGAAAUCACAUUUUAGUCUUUGUAGUCAAUGUUACAGUGAAGGAAAAGUGCCUUCAAGUUUUAAAAACAACGAAGAAUAUCGAUUUAAAGAGUAUCCAAAAGAAAGUGAUGCAGUGAAAGAUAAGUGUUUAUGGUUUAGUAAAAGCUCUUCAGGUACUACUAAUUUGUAGCUUUGUGUGUAUUAUUUGAUGCGUGUAUAUUCUUUUAGUUGUUUGAUUUGUGAUAUAUAUAGGUCGGAAAUAUAUGUUUAUAAAUCUAAUGUGCCAAUGUAUGAUAAUAUAUCCCGAAUUCUUUGUUUAACAACCAUCAACAUGUUGUAUUCUUUUUCAUUUGAACCUUGUUUUCGACAUCAUAA